UCAACUUUUGUGAUGUUUCUCUGAGUUUGCUAUUGAUCUAUUUCCAGUUUAUUCUUCUCCGUCCUGCACGUUACUAUACUAGCAACAUGUAACAGCAAUAGUUUGUGGUCUGACAGGUUCGUGUUAGGACAGCAUGCUAUCCAAACCAGAGAACUAAAGUUUAAAGAAUGGCUUUGAAAGCACACAGUGAUGUCUGGACUCACUUUGAUGACCCUCUCUCUGGCUCUGUCUUCGGUGUGACCGCCAUGUCCCAGAUGCUCCACAUGGAGAUCCCUAACUUCGGCAGCAUGGUGCUGGGCUCCCUGAAUGAGCAGCGGCUGCAGGGCCAGUACUGCGACGUCUCCAUCAUGGUGAAGGGCCAGGCGUUCAAGGCCCACCGUGCCGUGCUGGCUGCCAGCAGCCUGUACUUCCGCGACUUGUUCAGCGGCAGCAGCAAAGCACAGUUCGAGCUGCCAUCCUCCGUCACGCCAGCCUGUUUCCAGCAGAUCCUCAGCUUUUGCUACACGGGGAAACUGACCAUGGCCGCCAGCGAGCAGCUGGUCGUGAUGUACACCGCCGGGUACCUGCAGAUCCAGCACAUUGUGGAGCGUGGUAUGGACCUCAUGUUCAAAGCCAACUCGCCACACUGCGACUCAGCCACAGCCUCCAUGGACGAGCCCAACUCGGACCCACAGAGUCCCAGCACCCACCCGCUGGUGCCGGCCGGCUGGUCACCCUCGCUGCCAUCGCAGGCCCGCAGGAUCAAGCUGGAGGAGCCGCUGGCUAAACGAGCCAGCAGUGGUGAUGGGACGCGUUCUGGACGGGGCGUGCCACUGUUGUCGUGGGGCACAUUUCCACUUGGGGCUCCGGCAUAUCUCGGAGAGCGUUCCAGUCCGGGAGCGUCCAGCCUUCCGACCACAGACAGCCCCACAUCGUACCAGAAUGAAGAUGAGGAGUUUGAGGAAGAGCCGUUCGAUGCAGACGAGACCUACAGCCAGCUGUGCGGCCGCUCGGCCAACCCUUACGGAGUGGCAGAGAAGCCGGAGAUGGCGGUCAUGCCAGUGUCGCUGGAGAACCGCUCGUGUGUGCUGAUCCGUAGGGAUCUGGUGGCUCUGCCCGCUAGUCUCAUCAGUCAGAUCGGCUACCGAUGCCAUCCCAAACUCUACACAGAGGGAGACCCCGGAGAGAAACUGGAACUGGUGGCAGACACAGGUGUGUUCAUGACCAGAGGUCAGCUGAUGAACUGUCAUCUGUGUGCUGGUGUCAAACACAAGGUGCUGCUGCGCAGGCUCCUCGCCACCUUCUUUGACAGGAACACACUAGCAAACAGCUGUGGGACGGGGAUCCGAUCGUCAACCAGCGACCCCAGCCGAAAACCACUGGACAGUCGAGUCCUGAACGCUGUCAAACUUUACUGUCAGAACUUUGCACCCAACUUUAAGGAAAGCGAGAUGAACGUCAUUGCCGCCGACAUGUGCACCAAUGCGCGGCGCGUGCGGAAGCGCUGGCUUCCCAAGAUCCAGUCUAUGCUGCCGGACGGGAUGGAGGUGUACCAGGGCUCAGCGGUGGCAGCGGGCGUCAGUCUGGGCAUCGGCGGCCUCCCGGUGGGCAUUCAGCUCCCCUUCGAGCCGGACUUUAAGAACAUGCUACCCUCGGGCCUGAGCCUCUACACCGAGCGCAAGGAAGCCGCGAGAACUCACUUACCACUGGAUGGCGACAGCCCCAAUGUCCAGCAGGAUGGAGGCGAGGAGGAGACACAGGCCGAGGAGGACGAGCAGGAAGAGGCUCAGACCAAUAGCACAGAUGGGACAUUGGGGGCGGGGCCUGUCAAACCAGGAACUGAGGGCGGGGCUGGUGUGGCCACACCCCCUGACAGGCAGCAGCAGGAGGAUGAGUUUGUGGACGACAUGAGACUAAACGGGAAGAUAAACUGAAGAAGCCAGUCGUCAGUUCAUAUCCACCAUGUGAAUAAACACUGAAGGGAGGACUCAAACACACACAGGCAUCGAUCAAGAAGAACACACAAACACACAUGCAUUUGAUUUCGCUCAAACGCUGGAUUUCCAGUUGGACGGUGGCAGGACAUUCAUCAUGUGCUCCAGAGAGCAGAAGGAAAUAACACCCGUGGCACAGCGGGUGACCUUCAUUGUGAAACAUUAUAUUUUUCACAAUAAGUUUAUAAGUUAUCUGACACAGUAUGUCACACAAGUUUAGCAUGUUCCGUUCUUGAGAUCACUUUUCCAUAAAUAUAGCAGUGAAUCUCACUAAAGCAUGACCUAUGGAAGCCUGUUUCCGCCACUGAAUAAAAAAAAAAAAAAAAACUAAGGUUGUGACUUUUUAAUCACUCAAUUUUUCAGAAUUUAUCAGAAUUACAUUAUAAAGACUUGCAGUUGUGAUUUUAUAUCUUGCAAUUCUGACACUAAAACCUGCAAUCGUUAGUUUAUAUCACGCAAUUCUGAAAAAAAGUCAGAAUUGUGAGAUAAAAAGUCGCAAAUACCUUUUUUAUUUUUUAUUCAGUGGCGGAAACGGGCUUCCAUGACCAGAUCACUUCACACCCCAAAAUCAAGAGGAAAUAAGGAUGAAGCCUUUACAAGGGCCAAUGACAUUCAUGUAGCUCCAUCAGUGUAUGUUUACAUGCAUCCAAAUAAUCUGUUUGUGAUCAGAUUGAUGGCUAAAUCUGACUACUUGCUUUCAGUCUGAAUGAAUUUUGAUCGUAUUGAAAGGAGUAGUGUAGACCUGAAAUAAUAAGAUCAACAGGAUAACAUUACGGUUAUAAACACUUGAAAAUGACUAUUUUCUUAAUCAGAUUCAAUAAUACCUUGCAAAUCAUACACAAUUUACAUACUGUAUUUUCACGUCAUACGUACAUUUUAAGAACUGGUCCAUGGAUGAGACGGGAUGUUAACAAAA